UAUUGAGUAGACUAAAUACCUGCAAGUGCUUUGGCAUACUAAGCAUUUGAAUAAGCUCCGGUAAUUAUACGCUGCCGAGGUGAGAGUGUGUAGUGUGUUUUUCGGUUCUAUGUGCUCCGUUAAAUGACACAACUAAUAGCCGUUAACUAAUAUGAGACACAGCAAUUUACCUUUUGUGCUCUGGCCGGCGAGAACCACAAGAUACGCGGACAACGCUAAUUAAACAGCUUUGCUGAUUUCAUUUCACUUAGCUAACGGCUGCAAUUUCAGUCUAAACGGCGACGCGUUGAAUGGCAUACGAAUACGCUAAGUUGUUGGGCAAACGGGAAAACGAACAGUGGCCGCUUGAGAUCGAAAAGAAUUUGUAAUUGGAAACGCAAAAGACUAUUGUGAGUGACGAGAGGCGAGAAGUGAGAAGCUGUGAUUUAGAGUAUGCAGCGGGGUGUGGAGUGUGUGGUGGAAAAUGCAAAUUUUUUGUGUUACUUUUCGAAUUGUUGAAAACAAGUUUGAAGUGCAACUAAACAAGUGAACAAGUGCCGCAAUUAUAUACAUAUAUGUAUGUGUAUAUGUGUGUAAGGCCGAAGUUGAAAAUCAGAAAAUUCUUAGAAUUAGUGAGCACUAACAUGUAAAUUAGCGCAAAGUGGCGAGGGACAACGUACUUCUCUAGAAGGACGCAAUGUGCUCACCUACAUAUUGAUUAAGAAUGUGUGCCAAUUGAGAGAACACUUGCUUUUUUUCUAAAAUACAUACGUUUUGCGCGUCUUUCGCUUUUUCCGCUGCUGUCCAAGCGCUUGUUUAACUGUGCCGCGCUUUUGUUUUUUCUCACUGUGUCCAUUGUAGUUCUUCACUUCGGCGUUUCGUAUCCAUUGUGUACUUGCGCGGCAUUGGCGCAUUGCAACGACCAACGACCAGAAGCCAGAAGCCAUAAAGAAGGCUUUCAAGCCGAGCGCUUCGGUGGCGCGCUAGUCUUCAGCAGCAAUGAUUGAUUUUUAAUUUACUGUUCCACCUUCGUGUUGUUGUUGUUGCGCUCGGUCAUGACAUGCCUACGUCCAUCCAUCAAGCGCUAAAGUGUGAAAAGGUGUACAAAAUGAGAUGUGAAAAUGAAAUGAAAUAAAUUGUGAUAACUGCUUGAAAGCAAUUCCCCGAGAGUGCGUGUGUUUGUUAAUUUUUGUGUUAUUCACUAAAGUGUGUAAAGUGAGUUGUUUUACACGGCGUCUCCACUGCGCAUUUACUAAACUGUUUUGCACGCUGUUCGCCACUUUUUUAACUAGAGUAAACAUCACGUAGCGCAUAAAAACGCUCGGCUAUCAAGAGCAGCGCACACACAUACUUCCACGCAUAUACGCAUAGCGGCGAAAAACCUGGCACUUUCGCACAUAUGAGCGUUGGCAAAUAAUGAAAUGCGAGUCGCACGUGCAUGAAUCUACGUCGCGAGCAACCAAAAAUAGACCGGGAGUUGCAGCUGCGCCUGCUGAGCUUUAGUGCUGCUUAUUUUUUCACUUUUAUCCAUUCUACUUUCUUCUUCAACGCGAGUGUUUGAUUGUUUGCCUUCGUUUACACAUAAUUCAGCGGCCGUACUUGUACUUAUAAAUAUGCGUAGCAUGUGCUGCGCCUGGGAUCAGCUACCUGCUGUCACGCACUGCAAAGGCCCAUCAACAUCGAAGUCCUCAUCGUCAUCGGCGGCGGCAGCGCAGCACUACAGCGAGCAGCUGGAACGCACUUCAGGCACGAAGCGGGUGACGGCGAAGCCUCCCACACAUGCACAGCCCCUUUCACAGCAGCAUCGCACGCAGCCACAGUCGCCGUCGCAGCCACACCACCGUUACAGACGGCACCACCACCACCACCAUCAUCAGGGCCAGCCGCACAGUCAGCGGCAAUAUUAUUAUCAGCACAAUGGGCUGCAGUAUUCGUACCAGGAGUAUGGUGUGGGCGGCGCUAGUGGCGGAAAGGCGACGAGCAACUGUCGGAAACGGAAACUACUGAGUUUCUUUAAAACAGGUAAGUUCUGACGCAGAUGGAUGUGACAACACGAUGUUUACACACAUAAAUAUGUAGGCAUGCAUGCAGCGUGACUGGCAGCUGAGCGCUUUCGAUGAUGUGCGUAGGUUGGUAUUUUCAUAAACUCAAUGAAACAUAACACCGAAAUUCCGACGCCCCCUCAUGCAUAGCCGAAGUUCGGCACUUAAAAGUUACACGUCUGUGUCAAAAGCACACACUAACACACACAUACCAGUUACAUAUUUUUUUGUUUGCCGUUUAAGUGUGUGUGCGUUGGCGAAAAACUUUCUCGCCUACACAUUGUUGUUUUGUUACAGCCUCGACGGCGAUGCUGCCAAAUAUCAUCGGGAACACUGAAAUGUUGCUCAUACGCCGCAGCGUGCCAUUAGGCUCUCGGCUACACCGCAGCAGCCAAGAGUUGUGAAUAUGCAGCAGGUUUGCUGGUACCGCUACACUUGUUUACACGCUUAAGUAAACAUACACGCUUCUUGUGCACACACACACUCACAUUUACAUAAUGACUUGCGUCGUACAGCAACGCCGACUUAAAGCAUGCCUGUAAGUGGGCAUGGAGGAAAGUGUAUGUGUGGGUCGCACACAGUUAUAAAUAUGCACCUCGAAAGCGUGGGUGUGUGCAGGGAAAACACUUCUGUUGAUUUUUGUAAUUCCUUGAGCCUAGAUUGUGGCCGAUUCUGCUGACAUACAUUUCUAUUUAGACGUGUGUGUGUAUGUGUGCGUAUAAAUUACCUUUUACUCUUUUUGAUGAGCCUUAGCACUUCCUCAUCUCUAUGUUUUGCGAAGUUUCCCGCUGAUAAUAUCUCUGUGUAUACUCUGCUUUGUAAAUAUAUAUGUGAGGGGCAGUCAGGAAAGGUUUAGCUUUCUCUUGGAGGAGCUG